AUGACUCUGUCAAAGAGGUAUUACUGCGUUGAGGCAAUAGAUGGAGAGACGGAAUGCUUUGUCAAUGACGGGUUCUGGUACACAGAGAAAGGCAUAAUUAUCAAAUGGAUCAUUCUCGCAGUCUUCUUCUUCAUAUUCUUCGGCUGGUUUGUCGGCGGCCGCAUCCACGCAAAGAGAAGGUUACGAAAGGGUCUUCCACUGCUAUCAUACCAUCGUUUCCUCGUCUCGUACCAAGAACGGCGACGCUUCGGCCAAGUGCCCCAGAACCACUUCACCUUUUACCAGACGCAAAACCCAUAUGCGCCGCCAAACGGUGGCGCAAACGCUCCCUACACACAGCGCCAGGACGGCGCAUGGUCGGAACCCCCGCCACUCUAUCAAAACAACGAUGCGCCACCCCAGUACUUCGCGCCGGCGGGCCCCGCAAAGACAGGCGCCACCCCCGGAGCGAGCAGCGCGCCAGAUGCCAUGGAAAUGGGCCAGUAUAGUGCUGGUGCCCCUCCGCCAGCGCAGGCUGGUCCCCAGCAGAGCGGCGUCGUGGGCUCAGAACAGCAGAGCGAGUCGGGACAUGUGCCUACACAGCCUCUGCCGCCGCGACCGGCUCAGGCCAAGAUUAUGGGUGUGUUUGGUAGGUUUAGGCGGUAA